ACUUGCAGUCUAAAUAUUUGCAUUUACUUCUCCAGUUAAGCAGGAAGCUGCAGCCAUUGUAAAAUUCAAUAAACAGGCACUCAGUAUUGCAGCAACACCUUUCAUUCGCAAGUUUUCCUUAUAAGUGCAAAGGUGAUUUAACAGUAAAACCGGCCUGUACGGUAUCUCCUCCCACACAUCACUUACAAAAGGCAUGACGACAGCUCUAUUCCUGAUUGUAAAGCUCACCUAUUUCUGUAAUCUAUUCAUUCUGUUCUAACCGCUCAUACAGGGUCAGUUUGUUCCCGUGGAGAAGAUACAAUGUCUACACAAUGGGAGGACAUGCCUCAAGAAAUCCUUGCACAAAUCUUUUACUACCUACCUCUAGGAGACAGACAGACAGUAUCCCAGGUGUGCCAGUCCUGGGCAUGUGGAGUGGCAUCUUCCACAGUUUGGCACUACACAGAGAUUAGGUAUGUAUUAGCUUUGUUCCUCAACACUGUAAUAGUUAUAAUUUGGGACCAUUCAAAGCAAGCCAUGAGCUGAAAUGUCCCAGUCUCUGGUCACGGAUAUAUAUACUGAUAAGUGCCGUAUAUACUCAUGUAUAAGUCGAUCUCAUGUAUAAGUCGAGUGCAGUUUUGUGACCAACACUUGUGAAAUAUGCUAUGCCUCGUGGAUAAGUCGAGGGUAAAACUUGGGGCUAUGAAAUUCUGUGAUUUUUAUAAUUAUAUACACACACACUAAUACAAACACACACACUGCAUUAGAUACACACACACUUAUACAAACAAUCUGCAUUAUACACACACACACUCAUACAAAAACACACUGCAUUAUACACACACACACUCAUACACACACUGCAUUAUACACACACUGCAUUAUACACACACACAUUCAUACACACACUGCAUUAUACACACACACAUUCAUACACACACUGCAUUAUACACACACACACACAUUCAUACACACACUGCAUUAUACACACACACACAUUCAUACACACACUGCAUUAUACACACACACACUGCAUUAUACACACACACACAUUCAUACACACACUGCAUUAUACACACACUCUGCAUUAUACACACACACACACACUCUGCAUUAUACACACACACACUCAUACAAAAACACACUGCAUUAUAUACACACACUCUGAAUUAUAUGUGAUGUGUGUGUGUGUAUAUAAUGCAGAGUCUGUGUUUGUAUGAGUGUGUGUGUAUAAUGUAGAGUGUGUGUUUGUAGGAGUGUAUAUAAUGCAGUGUGUGUAUAUGUAUAUAAUGCAGAGUGUGUGUGUGUAUGAGUGUGUGUAUACAAUGCAGAGUGUGUGUUUGUAUGAGUGUGUGUGUGUGAACUGGGGGAGGAGGGCAUUUUUAUUAUUUGUAAUUUUUUUAGUUUUAAUAUUUAAAUGUUUUUAUUUUAGUAUUUUUUAUUUUAUUAUUUAUUUUUUAAUUUUAAUAUUUAAAUUUUUUUUAUUGUAAUAUAUUUUUUUAUUAUUUAAUUUUAUUUUCGUCCCCCCUACCUGCUUGUUAGCUGGCCAGGGAGGGGGGCUCUCAUUCCCUGGUGGUCCAGUGGAUGGGCUGUGUAGGAGGGGGGCUGGCAGAGAGCUGUUACCUACCUUUCCUGCAGCUUCCUUCUCCUCUGGUCCGGUCAGCUCCACUGUAAGUCUCGCGAGAGCCGCGGGGUCAGAGCGUUGCCACGGGUUACCGUGGCAACACACCGCGAGACUUACAGUGGAGGAGAAGGGAGCUGACCGGAGUGCAGGAGAAGGGAGCUGACAGGAGAUGCAGGAAAGGUAGGUAACAGCUCCCUGCCAUCCCCCAACAGGACUGCCGGGCUUGUAAUGAGCCCGGCGGUCCUGGUCUGUAUUAUGGCAAUGUAAGUUGCCAUAAUACAGACACUGACUCGAGUUUAAGUCGAGAGGGGGAUUUUCAGCACAAAUAAUGUGCUGAAAAACAAGACUUAUACUUGAGUAUAUAUGGUAGUUUAUUUGAAUUUAUUCUCACUACUAUUGUGCUUGUUUUACUUGUCUUGUAGUUUGUCUGCUUUGGUUGUUUAUGUUUAUUUUUCUCCUUCAAAGAAGGUUCACUCAGUUCAUUCACUUAAAGGGACACUGUAGGCACCCAGACCACUUCAGCUCAUUGAAGUUGUCUUGCUGCUGUGUCCCUAUUGCACUUAGUGCUGCAGUGUUAAACAUUACAGUCUACCAGACAGCCACUGGGGGCGCUUCCGGAAUCCAAACAGACUUUUGGUCCGUUAUCUGACGCUGGACGUCCUCACGGACCUCCAGCAUCAGAUUUCUCCCAUAGGAAAGCAUUGAAUAAGGAGGUCUAAUGUGCCAUUGCCUUGUUUCUCCUUUCCCACUGUGUGUCUCUUUGUCCCCCUCAGCUCCUAUGUGUGUCUUUGUCCCUGCCAGCCCCUCUGCGUGUCUCUUUGUGCCCCCUCCUCUCCUGUGCCCAUAUCCACUCCUUUUUUUUGUCCCCACUACCCUCCUGUGCCUUCCUUCUUUCCCCCCUCCCAAUGCACUUCUUCCAUUCCCCUUCCACUCAUGUGCACUUCUUCUGACCCCCUAGCCUCCAGUACCCUUCUUUUGUCCCCCUAUGCUUCUGUGUCCUUUUGUCCCCCCUCCGGUCUUGUGCCCUUCUUUUGUCCCCCUCCUGGGACUUUCUUCCGUUACUAUCCCCUUCUGUGCCCUUCUUUUUACCUCCCCUCGUGUUUUCCCUUCCGCUCCUGUGCAAUUUUUUUGUCCCCAAUACUCUCCUGUGUUCUUCCUCUGUCCCCAGCUCCACUGCUGUGCCCUUCUUCUAUCCCCCUUAACCUCCACUGUGCCUGCUCAGCCUCACCUCCGCCCAUGUACCGUAGCUGAGCUGUUAGACCAGGUAAGGGGAACAGAAGCUCCCCUACUGCAGUCCGCCUGUUCUGUCACGCUACAUGGAGUAACAGGCAUGAGGGGAGUGCUGUGCAAAGCGCUUCCCUUCCUGCCAGACACCCCAGGGGUAUGCCGGCGCUGGCGCUUGUCCUGCCCCCUUGGUGACAUCAUCAAAAUUGCCGCUUUUUAGCCAAUCCAAUGCUUUUCCUAUGGAAAGCAUUGGAUUGGUUCAAAUCAGCAAGGGGGCGGGGCCAAACACUGUUUUGGCCAAUCAGGACCUCCUCAUAGAGAUGCAUUGAAUAAAUGCAUCUCUAUGAGGAAAAUUCUGCGUCCCCAAGCAGAGCGUGGGGACGCUGAAUGGCAGGGCUGCUUCAAGUGGCUGCUUCAAGUUGGCUAAGACAUUCAGCUUGGCUAAGGGGAAACAGGUUGCAGAAAAAUCUGGAUGUGGAGCAGGCGGCCCAAGGACUCAAAUAAGUUGUGAAACCGUUCUUUAAAAUGGUUUGACUAAUUACUCUUUGAGAGUGCAAAGGCACUUCUUGGCAGCAGAACCAAUACAGCCGGCUAUAGUGGUUAAGGAGCUUGGAGUCAUUCCCUCAUAUAACACAGCGUUUUUAAAACAAGGAUAAUUGUGUUUGUACCACCCAAUAACCCUGUUUUAUUGAUAAAUGUUGAGAUUGCAAGAAAAAGAUAAAACACAAAAUGACCACACCAGGCUCACUAAAAUGGUAAUACUCACAAAAUUAUUGAGCAGGUGCUUAAUUAUUUGGUACACUGCAAGAAACAUAUACACGUUCUUAGCAUUUUAUUGUAACUAAACGCAAGUACUGGUUAAAGAUAGUGUGAAUGCAAAGACUAAUGGAGCUUGUGUCCCUUUCCUUUUGGUUAUAGCUGGGUGUCGGAAGAAGAGUUGCUAACACUCGACGGAUUGGAGCACUUUCUGGUCCAGAUAAAACAACUAAAGAUUGUUUUUGACCAAUCCAAAGAAACAAAUCGCAAUAGUGUAUCAAAAAUUCUAGAGUGUCUGGCCAAAGAGAAAAACAAACUGCAAAGCCUGACUAUUGUAUGCUGUGGAGAGAACCCCUUGUUUUAUUCUGGGCAGGAGAUUUUGGAAAGCGUCAUGAACCUUUGUCGGAAGGAAAGUCAUGUUGACCUCCAACACAUUGAUCUACGAAUGUUCCCUUUUACUUUUAGUGAUGGCUUUGUAAGACUUAUUGCUCGAGGGAGCCCAAAUCUACAUAGUUUAUACAUAAACAACGGCACAUUAGUUUGCAAAGUAACCUCUGAAACGUUGAAAGCAGUUUUAGAGUUCUGUCCCAAACUCUCUGUCCUAGGCACCUUUUGUUCCAGUUUGUCUGAAGAGGUUUUCCGUGAAUUUAUGAAACCAUGCAGGCCACCACUUAUGCGCCUGGAUAUUUUGUGUGAAAGGUUGGAUAAAUACACACAUUCCAUAUCUGAUAAAGCAUGGGGUGAGCUUUGUCUACGUCAUCCCACCCUUCGUGUGGACCUAGAACUUGAUCACACUAUCCCUGCUUGGAAAAUCCGUCGAACCUUACGACCAAAUAUUCCUGUGUCAACCUUACAACUCAACACCUUCAACGAAAUGGUGAACCAAAUUAGAUUUGUCACCAACCACUACUGGCGCACUCUAGAUAAGCUAGUUAUACGCACCACCUCAUCCAGUAACCUAGACUCUGCUCUUAUUGAUUUGGCUACAAAGUGUGGUGGAUUGGAAGAAAUUCAUUGUUACUGUUUAGUAGGACCUGAAGUGAUUCAAGCUUUCCUAAAACACUGUCCUCGCUUGAAAAAAUAUACUCUUAAAAUUAUCAAAGAAAAACACCCAUGGAAAGCAACAUGGACCCAGCCAUCUACAGACUAAAAAAUAAAUGCAAAUACGCUCUAAGUAUUGAUAGAAAAUAUGUAAUACAAAAUGACAAAUGCGCUUUUAUCUAUGCACAUUAAAUAUUGUUCCACAUUUCACAUACUUAUGAAAAAUGGCACUGAUUCACUGGUUCGUAAAACCAAGUGUAGACUAAAAUAGGUCUCCAUGUUAUUUUAAUGGAUCCCCAAAUGAAUGGAACAGACAUCAUAUUCAACAGGUCCAAGGCUAUUUACAAUAGCAUUACUGCCAACCUCAGUGUGAUGCAGAAACUCUGGACAAUGGGAAUAGACUAAAAAAAAC